AUGGUAAUAGCAGCAGAUAACGCUUGUGCAACUGUCGACAAAAUUGAUAAUCACUCUAUUUAUUAUAACAAUAGCACUAAAAUGGAUAAUAUUUCUAAUGUUAAUUUUUAUACUACGGAAACAGUGAAAGUAUUGCAAGAAAUUAUUUUAACAAAUAAUAAGCAAGGAGAUAUAUAUGAAGCCGAAUGCACUGAUUUGUCGGCGAUCCUUAAACAAUGGCGGAAAAAAACAAUAUUAAAGAAUAACAGUAAUAUAGUGGAAGAAAAUUUCAAUCGGACGUCUAAAAAAAAUUUAGGUUUAGUAAAUAUAGAAGAGGCACGGUACAAAUCGAAGUCUGUUCCUAUGAGAAAUCAUGAAGUCAGUUAUCCUUAUCCUUUCACAGAUUAUAUUCAUCCACGCUUUUGCGCCGAUUUUUCAUCUAUAAGUACUUAUAGCAAGCCGCAUCAUCGAUUAGUCAGAAAUCUGAAAUCAAUUACAUUGGUAGAAGCAUCACAGAUACAAAAUGCCAAUGAAACUACGUCCUCAUUCACAAGUCAGACAUUAGCUCUGCAUCACAUAUUGAAAUUAAAUUAUUUUAAGAAAGAACUUACUGCGUAUCAAGAAGUGAUAAAAUUAGUAACAGAACCAUAUAUUGAAUCACAAUUAACAUAUAAUACUGAACAUCAAAAUGAAAUAGAUAUAUUACAGACAACAUUAAGUUGGCAAGAUGAACAAAUAGAUAUUGCAACACCUACAACAACUAUAGAAACAUAUAGAUUCCGUACACCAGAAAGAAUGCAUAUAAAAAUACCAAUACCAUUUUGGACUGAGAUAGAAACUACAGUCGAAACCACAACGAGAACGGUAUAUACUACAACUACCACUGAACUUACUACAAUAAAAGAAACAACUAUAACAACAACAACAUCACCAGAAACAACAACAACGGAAACCACAACUAUCACAACGCCAGAAACUACAACAGAAACAAUAAAAAUAAUUACAACUACGGUGGCUCCUACUACAACUGAAGAAACGACUGUAAAAACAACAACACCAUUAGAAACAACAAUCACCACAACAUCUGUGCCAGAAACUACAACGAAAAGUCCAACUCCACCAACCACUACAACUACUGUAGUUCCUACUACAACUGAAGAAACAACUCUAACUACAACAACGUCGCCAGAAACAACAACUACAACAACAACAAUUACUACAACAUCUACGCCAGAAACAACAACGGAAACUACAACUCCGCCAACCACUACAAUUACUAUAGCUCCUACAACAAUUGAGGAAACGACUCUAACAACAACAACAUCUCCAGAAACAACUACAACAACAAUUACUACCACAACACCUAUGCCAGAAACUACAACAAAAA